AUGAGUGAGCGGAGUUCCUGGCACUCGACGACAGACCUGCUGCCAUCUUCCCUCCCACUCCUACCCUCCACCAUCCAGGGCGAUCUUCAACAUGGGCUUCCGAUAGCCUACAAGAACCCAGCAUUUGACCAGACUACUACUUCCGACCUUGCCGACCUGAGCGAAGCCUUGCGAGCCACUGUUCCAAGUCAACGAGGACAGUGGCAUGGAGUAUGGCUGGACGGGAAGAGAUGGCAGCUACGGGUGUCGGGCGAAUACUGCACAGCGAUUGCACAAGGCCAAGGAAACAAGACUUGGGCGGAGGGUGGAGAUUCCGUAGCUAGUGGGCAUACCGACAAGUCACCUUUCGACUGGAUAGGCGAAGAACCCGCCAACGUCUCUCCAUGGAUCAAAUUCGUUCGAGACUUCGACUGGGCACUUACCCCAGUCGGACCAAUGCAACAAUGGCCGCCGCUCUUGAAGAUGUAUGUUUUGAGUAUCAUGGCCAAUCCCAACCCCAGACUCAUAGUCUGGGGGAAGGAGAUGACAUUCAUCUACAAUGAGCCUUGCGUUCCACUAUGGGGCGCAAAGCAUCCAGAUGCGCUUGGCAAGAGUGUGAAGGGAAUCUUCGCGGAAGCGUGGGACAACAUUGGAUGUGUCAUCGAGAACGCCUAUGCUGGUAUCACGACACGCAUCGACGAGUUCGAGUUACCGAUCCAGUGUCAAGGCUUUCUCGAGGAGUUAUACUGGAAUUUCACGUUGCUGCCAGUGUAUGAGGAGCUUGGUAAAGUCGUUGGGACGUACGAUGAGCUCACCGAGUCUACGACAGCAGUGGUGUCCGAGCGUCGAAGAGGCGAGAUCAACGACGUGAGCAAAUCGCUGCGUUCUGCCCCGACGCUUCCGGAUCUCUGGCCUGCUGUGCUUGGUAGCAUUCGAUCUGCAGAGGUGCCAUUCGCACUGGUAUAUGCCGUGGUAGACGACGUUCCCGAGAAGUCUAAGCCUUCCGAGAGCAAUUCCUCCGGGUCAUCUUCCACAGUGCAUCCAAAGAAGUGCCUACUCUAUGGUUCUGUCGGCAUCUCGGAUGACUAUCAGGACAAAGUUGACCCCUUUCCGCUAAAUGAACAGAACGACUACAAUGAUAGCAUCGUGCAAGCCUGCCUCAAGGCUUGGAAGACGAAGCGCAACGUGGCGCUCUCGUCCCAGGAUGACACCUUGCCUGCGUCGCUCAUAUCCGCAGUGGCCACGUCAAGGUUUGGCACCCCUGUUAGAAUGGGCAUUGCCAGCCCGAUCAACUCCAUAUCUGGGACCGAUGUGCUUGCCUAUGGUGUAUGGGAUGAGUCCGCUGUCGCUCUAGCCCAGCAGCUCCGCAUGACGACGUUGAAAGCCGAGAAAAGCGAGGCCAAGUUGGCAAGGCUGGCAGGAGCGGCACCUACUGGAAUGUUUAUGUUCGAUGUCUCUGGACGAGCCCUCUACGUGAAUGACACCUACUUGGAAAUGCUUGGCAUGACCCGAGAGGAGCACGCGCAAAAGCCAGAUGUUGUAGAUAAGCGAAUCACAAGCUAUUACCAAGCCUCGACGGAUAAGAAGUCCGGCCAGGAGAUAUCGGACGAGACGUGGCUCCUGGCAAGCUAUCAAAAGCCAACAGGAAAGCACCAUAGCAUCACGUUCAUACCAGCUCGUCAUAGCCGUCCAGCGCGGACGCCCCGAUCAGAGCUCGAGAAUGGCCCAGACAUAUACUUGCAGAUGGCGGUGUAUGACACUGGCAAGGGCCUGAAUGAGGAUGAAAUGAAGGUGCUAUUUCCAAGGUUUGAACAAGCAGGCCCGAAGAUCUCUAUAUACCUGGAAAUGCCGACCAUGAAUGGUCUUACUUGCAUCCGACACAUCCGAGAACGACAGAACAACGGGAAGAUUGUCAGUCACGUUCCCGUCAUCGCCGUCACGGCCAAUGCACGUUCGGAGCAGAUCUCUACUGCCAUUGAAGCAGGCAUGGAUCGAGUUGUGACCAAACCUUUCCGAAUCCCGGAGCUUGUUCCUCAGAUGCAUGGUCUGGCUGCGGAAUUUUCUGCUGUGGAAGCAGAUGGCGGUUGA